AUGAGGAAGCUAAAGUUUCAUGAAAAUAAGCUUUGGAAGAAGGUAAGUGUUUUGGAAUGGAAGAGGGAAGGGGGUCACUUAGAGAACCUGGUUAUGCAAUGCUACCAUAUUACUAGACGAGAUGAUUACAAAAAAUAUUCAGGUUUAUGCCAUAUGGUUCAGAAGUUGGUAAACAUAUUGAAACAAAUGGACCCAAAGGAUCCUUUUCGGAUUGAUAUGAUUGAUAAGCUUCUGGAAAAAUUGUACAACAUGGGUGUGAUUCCAACCAGGCAAAGUAUCAUGUUAUGCGAACGCUUAACUAUCUCAUCCUUCUGCAAGCGUAGGCUCUCAAUUGUUUUUUUGCGACUAAAAUUUGCGGAGCACUUGAAAGAAGCUGUCACAUAUAUUGAGAUAAGAGUUGGUCCAAAGACAGCUACAGAUCCAGCUUUCGUUGUAACUAGAAACAUGGAAGACUUUGUUACAUAG